CUGAGGAAGCACACACCCUGCUCUCUCAAUUUGCAAUUCCUGGGUCAGGAACUAACUUCAGGAAACAAGAGAAAGACAGAAGAAAGGAGAGAAGUGCAGCUGUCCGAAAGUAGAGGAGAGCUGGUGAUGGAUCUUGAAUCAGGGCCAGGAGAUUUUGACCCCACGCACCCCAAGCGAGCAACCCUGGAGGAGAUUGAAGGGGUCCUUUUCCCCGAUACAUUACGCGAGCACUGGGGUACCAUAAAGGGCUUUAAAGCACGCCCUGACGAUCUUCUCAUCUGCACUUACCCCAAAGCAGGGACCACCUGGAUCCAGCAAAUAGCGAGCAUGGUUCAGCAUAGAGGUGACCUGGAGAAAUGUAAUCAGAAACCCAUCUAUGAGCGGAUGCCCUUCAUAGACAUGCCUCCUAUGAAACCUUUUGUUUCUGGUGUUGAACAGGCAGACCUAAUGCCCUCUCCACGUAUACUCAAAAGUCACCUCCCGGUUCAGCUGCUUCCUGCUUCUUUUUGGGAACAGAAAUGCAAGGUCAGGAUAAUUCACCAGGGUGAGACUGAUGAAAGGGCAAGGUUUAAUCUAAACCAAUAUGCCAUGUUCACUUUCUACUGGUCCAUUUUUUUUGCAGUUGCCUGGGGCUCUUGGUCUGACCAUGUUCGUGGUUGGUGGGAGGCCAAGGACCGUCACCCAGUCCUCUACCUCUUUUAUGAAGAUAUGAAAGAGGACCCAGCCCGGGAAAUCCGAAAAGUGAUCCAAUUUAUGGGCCUAGAACUCCCAGAAUCAGUUCUGAACCAGAUUGUGGAGCACACAAAGUUUGAGAGCAUGAAAACAAACCCGAUGGCUAAUUACAGCACCCUGCCCUCCUCUCUCGUGGACCACAGUGUGUCACCCUUCAUGAGAAAAGGCACUGUUGGAAACUGGAAGAAACACUUCACAGUGGCUCAGAGUGAAUGGCUAGAUGACACCUGCGCUCAGUUACUGAAGGGCAGCGGCCUGAACUUUCGCACAGAGAUAUAAACGCACCUCUAUGCCCCACAUCAGGAUUUUCACAACAACAGGCCUGGAGUGCUUACUUGACCUGCAUUCAGUGCAAUACAGGACUGAAGCCACAAGCAAGGCCUACCUAAAAUGAAUUUUGUGGGAAUGGUUCCUGUUAUGUACUGAAGUUCUCACCCUGGGCCAGCAGGGGGAUACUGUAGAUAGUUAUGCAAAUAAGGGAUCGAAAGUGACGUUCAGUGAUUGGAUAGUUUUAGAAAAUUGUUACAGUUACAUUGUCCUGGACCUCUAUAUAAGCAGGCUGACUGAACCCUUCAGUUCUGUCCUGGCCUGUGAAUAAACAAGAGCUGUUUGAAGAAUCGCUGUGUCGUCUGAUAUGUUCACCCACAACUUAACAGUUCCUGUUCC